CAGCAAUUCGGAUUGAGCCUUCUCCCUCCACCCGCUUCCGCCGGCCGGGCCCCUCCCGCCCGGCCCCGCGGGCCUCCCCACCCGGCCCCGGCGCCCCCCACCGCCACCCCUCCGCCCGCCCCUCCCCCCUCCGCUUUCCCUUCUCCCCCCCGCCUCGGCUCCGACAUGAGGGGCCGACGGGGCAGGCCGCCCAAGCAGCCCGCGGCUCCCGCUGCGGAGCGCUGCACCCCGGCUCCGCCGCCGCCGCCGCCGCCUCCGCCCACGUCCGGACCCAUCGGGGGGCUGCGCUCGCGGCACCGCGGCAGCAGCCGGGGCAGGUGGGCCGCCGCCCAGGCUGAGGUGGCGCCCAAGACGCGGCUGAGCUCGCCCAGGGGGGGCAGCAGUAGCCGGAGGAAGCCGCCGCCGCCGCCGCCGCCGCCGCCGGCCCCCCCCAGCACCAGCGCCCCGGGCCGGGGGGGGCGAGGAGGCGGGGGCGGCAGGACGGGGGGCGGGGGCGGCGGCGGCCACCUGGCCCGGACCACCCCGGCCCGGAGGGCCGUCAACAAAGUGGUGUACGAUGACCACGAGAGCGAGGAGGAGGAGGAGGAGGAGGAGGACAUGGUCUCCGAGGAGGAGGAGGAGGAGGAGGAGGACGGCGACGCCGAGGAGACCCAAGAUUCCGAGGACGACGAGGAGGAUGAGAUGGAGGAGGACGACGAUGAUUCCGAUUAUCCGGAGGAGAUGGAAGACGACGACGACGACGCCAGUUACUGCACGGAAAGCAGCUUCAGGAGCCAUAGCACCUAUAGCAGCACUCCAGGUAGGCGAAAACCAAGAGUACAUCGGCCUCGUUCUCCAAUAUUGGAAGAAAAAGACAUCCCACCCCUUGAAUUUCCCAAGUCCUCUGAGGAUUUAAUGGUGCCUAAUGAGCAUAUAAUGAAUGUUAUUGCCAUUUAUGAGGUACUGCGGAACUUUGGCACUGUUUUAAGGUUAUCUCCUUUUCGCUUUGAGGACUUUUGUGCAGCUCUGGUGAGUCAAGAGCAGUGCACACUUAUGGCAGAGAUGCACGUUGUGCUUUUGAAAGCAGUUUUGCGUGAAGAAGACACUUCGAAUACUACCUUUGGACCUGCUGAUCUGAAAGAUAGCGUUAAUUCCACGCUGUAUUUCAUAGAUGGGAUGACGUGGCCAGAGGUGCUGCGGGUGUACUGUGAGAGUGAUAAGGAGUACCAUCAUGUUCUUCCUUACCAAGAAGCAGAGGACUAUCCCUAUGGACCAGUAGAGAACAAAAUCAAAGUUCUGCAGUUCUUAGUCGAUCAGUUUCUUACCACAAAUAUUGCUCGUGAGGAAUUGAUGUCUGAAGGGGUGAUCCAAUAUGAUGACCAUUGUCGGGUUUGUCACAAACUUGGGGAUUUGCUUUGCUGUGAGACAUGUUCAGCAGUAUACCAUUUGGAAUGUGUGAAACCACCUCUUGAGGAGGUACCAGAGGAUGAAUGGCAGUGUGAAGUCUGUGUAGCACAUAAGGUGCCUGGUGUGACUGACUGUGUUGCUGAAAUCCAAAAAAACAAACCAUAUAUUCGACAUGAACCUAUUGGAUAUGACAGGAGUCGGAGGAAAUACUGGUUCUUAAACCGAAGACUCAUAAUAGAAGAAGAUACAGAAAAUGAAAAUGAGAAGAAAAUUUGGUACUACAGCACAAAGGUCCAACUUGCAGAAUUAAUUGACUGUCUAGAUAAAGAUUACUGGGAAGCAGAACUCUGCAAAAUUCUGGAAGAAAUGCGUGAAGAAAUCCACCGGCACAUGGACAUAACUGAAGACUUGACCAAUAAGGCUCGGGGCAGUAACAAAUCCUUUCUGGCGGCAGCUAAUGAAGAAAUUUUGGAAUCCAUAAGAGCCAAAAAAGGAGAAAUUGAUAUUGUUAAAAGCCCAGAAGAAAUAGAAAAGGACAAGAAUGAGACCGAGAAUAAUAACUCCAAAGAUGUUGAGAAAAGCAGAGAGGAGUUUGAAGACCAGUCCCUUGAUAAAGACAGCGACGACAAAACACCGGAUGAUGAUCCUGAGCAAGGAAAAUCUGAGGAGCCAACAGAAGUUGGGGAUAAAGGUAACUCUGUGUCAGCAAAUCUUGGCGACAACACAACAAAUGCUUCUUCAGAAGAGACUAGUCCCUCUGAAGGGAGGAGUCCCGUGGGGUGUCUCUCAGAAACCCACGAUAGCAGCAACAUGGCAGAGAAGAAGGUGGCAUCUGAGCUCCCCCAGGAUGUGCCAGAAGAACCUAACAAGACAUGUGACAGCAGUAACACUAGUGCUCCCACUACCUCCAUCCAGCCUAAUCUGGAAAACAGUAACAGCAGCAGUGAACUAGCUUCUUCCCAGAGUGAACCCGCUAAGGCAGCCGAUGAGCCUGAAAACGGAGAGAGAGAGUCUCACACACCUGUCUCUGUUCAAGAAGAGAUAGGUGAUUUCAAAUCAGAGAAGUCUAAUGGGGAAAUAAGUGAGUCUCCUGGAGCCGGAAGAGGGGCAUCUGGGUCAACUCGAAUUAUCACCAGAUUACGGAAUCCAGACAGCAAACUUAGCCAGCUGAAGAGCCAACAGGUGGCAGCUGCAGCCCAUGAAGCAAAUAAAUUAUUUAAGGAGGGCAAAGAGGUACUGGUAGUUAACUCUCAAGGAGAAAUUUCACGGUUGAGCACCAAAAAGGAAGUGGUCAUGAAAGGAAAUAUCAACAAUUAUUUUAAGUUGGGUCAAGAAGGGAAGUAUCGUGUCUACCACAAUCAGUACUCCACCAACUCAUUUGCUUUGAAUAAACACCAGCACAGAGAAGAUCAUGAUAAGAGAAGACAUCUUGCACAUAAAUUCUGUCUGACUCCAGCAGGAGAGUUCAAAUGGAACGGUUCUGUCCACGGGUCCAAGGUUCUUACCAUAUCUACUUUGAGACUGACUAUCACCCAACUAGAAAACAAUAUCCCUUCAUCCUUUCUUCAUCCAAACUGGGCUUCACACAGGGCAAAUUGGAUCAAAGCAGUUCAGAUGUGUAGCAAACCCAGAGAAUUUGCACUGGCUUUAGCAAUUUUGGAGUGUGCCGUCAAACCUGUUGUGAUGCUACCAAUAUGGCGAGAAUCUUUAGGACACACCAGGUUACACAGGAUGACAUCAAUUGAAAGAGAAGAAAAGGAGAAAGUCAAGAAAAAAGAGAAAAAACAAGAAGAGGAAGAAACAAUGCAACAGGCUACAUGGGUAAAAUACACGUUUCCAGUUAAACAUCAGGUUUGGAAACAAAAAGGAGAGGAAUACAGAGUAACAGGAUAUGGUGGUUGGAGCUGGAUUAGUAAAACUCACGUUUAUCGGUUUGUUCCUAAAUUGCCAGGCAAUACUAAUGUGAAUUACAGAAAGUCAUUAGAAGGAACCAAAAAUAAUAUGGAUGAAAAUAUGGAUGAGUCAGAUAGAAGAAAAAGUCCACGGAGUCCAAAAAAAAUAAAAACAGAGCCUGAUUCUGAGAAAGCCGAGGUAAAAGAUUCAGAUGCUGCCAAAGGAGCAGACCAAAGUGAAAUGGACGUUUCCAAGAUUACUGAGAAGAAGGACCAAGAUGUACAAGAAAUUUUAGAUUCUGACAAUGAGAAACCCUUUAAGGAAGAACCAAUGGAGAUAGAUGAUGAUGUGAAAACAGAGCCACGUAUUAACUGUCAGGAAGGUUCUCAAGUAGAUGUGGUUAAUGUCAGUGAGGGCUUCCAUCUAAGGACUAGUUAUAAAAAGAAAAUUAAGUCAUCCAAACUAGAUGGACUUCUUGAAAGGAGAAUUAAACAGUUUACACUGGAAGAAAAACAGCGCCUCGAGAAAAUGAAGUUGGAGGGUGGAAUUAAGGGUAUAGGAAAGACCUCUACAAGUUCUUUGAAAAGCCUUUCUGAGUCACCAGUAACAACGAAAGCAAAAGAAGGGUGUCAAAGUGACUCACUUAGACAAGAACAAAGCCCUAAUGCAAGUAAUGGUAAAUCUGAAGAUGUGAUUCGGGGAUGUUCACAAAGCGAUUCCUCAAUUCUUGGAAUCGGUGAUCCUGAUCAUACAACAGACAGUCUUUAUCCAAAAGAUCAAAUGUUAGAUGACGUCUCCUUUCAGAGUCCAGAGACAAACUGUCAGAAACAAAAUUCUGUUGGAAAUGCCAUAGAUGAGAGUCUCUCUGAACCUACCAGUCAAGGCCAGGAACCUGUUAAGAUUAAAACAAGAGGAAGUGACUUUCUCAUUGGUGACUCCAAACCAGCCAGUGCAGAUGAAAUUGGUACUUUGAUCUAUAAGAACAAAAAACCACUCAUACAGGAGGAUAAUGACACCAUUGUUUCUCCUUCCCAGAGCCCUUCACUUCCAUCGGUACCUAAAAGUACCGAUGAUAGAGAUCUCCCGUCUCUGUCAAAAGCAGUGGACUUUGAAGGAAAACUAGGUUGUGUCUCUGAAUAUAACAGCACUUUGGAAAAUAGUUCUGAUACUAUGUCUGUUCAGGACAGCAGUGAAGAAGAUAUGAUUGUUCAGAAUAGCAAUGAAAGUCUUUCCGAGCAGUUCAUAACUCAAGAACAAGGUAUCGAAGGCUUGGAACCAUUGAAACGGGAGUUUGUUCCAGAUAAGUCCACUGGAAACUAUGAUAAAAGACCACAGGGUAAGGUAACUGAAGCAAAUGGUAGAAAGCCAAGUCAAGAACAGAAAUUAGAGAGAUCAGUUAAUAAAUGUAUUGAUCAAGUCAAUCUAAAAAGUAGCACUGACAAAAAGAAUAAUGAAAAUCGAGAGUCUGAAAAGAAAGGACAGAAAGCAAGUACCUUUCAAAUAAAUGGAAAAGAUAAUAAACCCAAGUCAUAUUUAAAAGGGGAAUGCUUGAAGGAAAUCUCUGAGGGUAAAGUAGUAAGUGGUGACAUUGAACCAAAGCUUAAUAAUAUAAAUAAGAUAAUCCCUGAAAAUGAUAUUAAGUCUUUGACUGCUAAAGAAUCUGCUGUAAAGCCAUUCAUGAACGGUGAUGUCAUCAUGGAAGAUUUUAAUGAAAAAAACAACUUGGAAAUAAAGUCAUCUUUACUGAGAUCUUCAGAUGCUGAAGGCGACUACCAAGAUGGCCUAGAGACCGUGCCGUCAACCAGAGAGCCUGAGAGUGCACACGCUGCCAUGCCUCCACUGUCUUGUCCAGAAAGCAGUUCAGCGAAUCAGGUAGAAGAUAUGGAAAUUGAAACCUCUGAAGUUAAGAAAGUUACUCCCUCACCUGUUCCUUCUGGAGAGGAAUCUAACCUCAGUAAUGAUUUUGUUGAUGAAAAUGGUCUGCCCGCCCACAAAGAUGAAAAUGUCAAUGGAGAGUCCAAGAGAAAAACAGUCAUCACAGAAGUCACCACCAUGACAUCCACAGUGGCCACAGAAUCAAAAACUGUAAUCAAAGUAGCAAAAGGUGAUAAGCAGACUGUGGUCUCUUCCACAGAAAACUGUGCCAAAUCCACUGUCACAACCACCACUACAACAGUAACAAAGCUUUCCACACCCGCCACAGGCAGCAGUGUGGACAUCAUCUCUGUGAAGGAGCAGAGCAAAACGGUGGUCACCACAACAGUGACAGACUCGCUGACCACUGCAGGGGGCACUCUGGUGACAUCGAUGACCGUGAGCAAAGAAUAUUCCACAAGAGACAAAGUGAAACUCAUGAAAUUUUCAAGACCCAAGAAGACUCGUUCAGGUACAGCUCUGCCAUCCUAUAGAAAGUUUAUCACCAAGAGCAGCAAGAAGAGCAUAUUUGUCUUGCCUAAUGAUGACUUAAAAAAGUUGGCCAGAAAAGGAGGAAUCCGAGAAGUCCCUUAUUUUAAUUACAAUGCAAAACCUGCCUUGGAUAUAUGGCCAUAUCCUUCUCCUCGACCAACCUUUGGUAUCACUUGGAGGUACAGACUUCAGACUGUAAAGUCCCUAGCUGGAGUGAGCCUUAUGUUACGGUUACUGUGGGCAAGCCUGAGAUGGGAUGACAUGGCGGCCAAGGCUCCUCCGGGAGGAGGGACUACACGGACAGAAACAUCUGAAACUGAAAUCACAACAACAGAGAUAAUUAAAAGGCGAGAUGUUGGUCCUUAUGGCAUUCGAUCUGAAUAUUGUAUCCGGAAAAUCAUUUGCCCCAUUGGAGUUCCAGAAGCACCAAAAGAAACACCUACACCUCAGAGGAAAGGCCUUCGAUCAAGUGCAUUACGGCCAAAGAGACCAGAAACGCCCAAGCAAACUGGCCCUGUUAUUAUCGAAACUUGGGUAGCAGAGGAAGAAUUGGAAUUAUGGGAGAUCAGGGCGUUUGCUGAAAGAGUGGAGAAAGAAAAGGCACAAGCAGUUGAGCAACAGGCUAAGGUUAGUGAACAGAAGAAGGCAGAGGACUUCAAGGCCCACAUGGAGGCUCACCUCAAACAGCAGCGCUUGGCUGUCCAGCAGAAACGAUUGGAACAGCAGAAGCCUACAGUAAUUGCAGCUUCCACCACUUCCCCACCAAACAGUACAACUAGUACCAUUUCUCCAGCACAAAAAGUUAUGGUGGCCCCCAUAAGUGGCUCAGUUACAACUGGAACCAAAAUGGUUCUCACUACUAAAGUUGGAUCUCCAGCCACAGUAACAUUCCAGCAAAACAAGAACUUCCAUCAGACCUUUGCCACGUGGGUUAAGCAAGGCCAGUCAAAUUCAGCCACCAGCACAGCUGCCACAUCUGCUACAACCAUUGCCAGCACAGGUCAGACGUUCCAAAUUACAGGCAGUCCAGUCACUAUGGCAGGAAAAGUAAUUACCAAACUGCCACUUCCUGCAAACAGCAAGAUUGUCGCUGUAAAUGUGCCAGCAACACAAGGAGGUGUUGUUCAAGUACAGCAGAAAGUCCUGGGUAUCAUUCCAUCAAGUACAGGUACAAGUCAGCAGACCUUUACUUCAUUCCAGCCCAGGACAGCAACAGUCACAAUUAGGCCCAAUACCUCAGGCUCUGGAGGAACCACAAGCACUUCACAAGUAAUCACAGGGCCUCAGAUCCGCCCGGGUAUGACGGUGAUUAGAACACCACUCCAACAGUCAACACUAGGAAAGGCGAUUAUUCGAACACCUGUGAUGGUACAGCCAGGUGCUCCUCAACAAGUGGUGACUCAGAUCAUUAGAGGGCAGCCCGUCUCCACCGCAAUCUCUGCCCCGAGUGCAGUUUCCUCAACCCCUGGGCAGAAAGGAUUAACUUCGGGAGCAUCCAGCACAAAUCUGCAGUCUUCAGCCUCACAGUCCCCUCGCCCCCAACAGGGACAGGUGAAGCUUACCAUGGCUCAGCUCACUCAGUUAACACAGGGUCACGGUGGCAAUCAAGGUUUGACAGUAGUAAUUCAAGGACAAGGUCAAACGACUGGACAGUUGCAGUUGAUACCUCAAGGGGUGACCAUACUUCCGGGUCCAGGCCAGCAGCUGAUGCAAGCUGCCAUGCCAAACGGUACCGUUCAGCGGUUCCUCUUUACGCCUUUGGCAACAACGGCCACAGCAGCCAGCACCACCACCACCACCGUUUCCACUACAGCAGCAGGUACAAGUGAACAAAGACAGAGUAAAUUAUCACCCCCGACACAGGUGCAACAAGCCAAAACCUUGCCACCAGCUCAGUCAUCAAGUGUGAGUCCUCCAGAAGCCCAGCCACAGACUGCUCAGCCUUCAGCUCAGCCCCAGCCCCAAACCCAGCCCCCGUCCCCAGCUCAGCCUGAAGUUCAGACUCAAGCUGAAGUUCAGACCCAAACAACUGUUGCAUCCCAUGUCCCUUCUGAAGCACAACCCACCCAAGCACAGUCAUCCAAACCCCAAGUCGCAGUACAGUGUCAGCCUCAAAGUAAUGUCCAAGGACAGUCUCCUGCUCGCGUCCAAAGUCCACCACAGACUCGAAUACGUCCAUCGACUCCAUCCCAAGUGUCUCCUGGACAGCAAUCCCAGGGUCAGACUACAACCUCACAACCGAUUCCAAUUCAACCACAUACAUCUCUUCAGAUACCUUCCCAGGGCCAGCCACAAUCACAACCCCAGGUGGUGAUGAAGCAUAAUGCUGUAAUAGAACAUUUAAAGCAGAAAAAGACCAUGACUCCAGCUGAAAGAGAAGAGAAUCAAAGAAUGAUUGUCUGUAACCAGGUGAUGAAGUAUAUUUUGGAUAAGAUAGACAAAGAAGAAAAACAGGCAGCAAAAAAACGGAAGCGUGAAGAGAGUGUGGAACAGAAACGUAGCAAGCAGAAUGCCACCAAGCUCUCCGCGCUGCUCUUCAAACACAAAGAACAACUCAAAGCUGAAAUCCUAAAAAAGAGAGCGCUCCUGGACAAAGACCUACAGAUUGAAGUGCAGGAAGAGCUCAAGAGAGACUUGAAAAUUAAGAAAGAAAAAGACAUGGUGCAGGCCACUGCAGUGGCGGCCACCUCGCCUGCAGCCCCGCCUGCGCCUCCAGCCCCUCCGCCGUCACCCCCGCCUCCGCCUCCCCCGCAGCACACAGGCCCCCUGGCCACGGCCACGGCCACGCUGCCUGCGGCUUCCCAGAAGAGGAAGCGAGAAGAAGAAAGAGACUCAAGCUCCAAGUCCAAGAAGAAGAAAAUGAUCUCUACUACCUCAAAGGAAACUAAGAAGGACACAAAGCUUUACUGUAUCUGUAAAACGCCUUACGAUGAAUCUAAGUUCUAUAUUGGCUGUGAUCUUUGUACUAACUGGUAUCAUGGAGAAUGUGUUGGCAUCACAGAAAAGGAGGCUAAGAAAAUGGAUGUGUACAUCUGUAAUGAUUGUAAACGGGCACAAGAGGGCAGCAGUGAGGAAUUGUACUGUAUCUGCAGAACACCUUAUGAUGAGUCACAAUUUUAUAUUGGCUGUGAUCGGUGUCAGAAUUGGUACCAUGGGCGCUGCGUUGGCAUCUUGCAAAGUGAGGCAGAGCUCAUUGACGAGUAUGUCUGUCCACAGUGCCAGUCGACAGAGGAUGCCAUGACAGUGCUCACGCCGCUAACAGAGAAAGAUUAUGAGGGUUUAAAAAGGGUGCUUCGUUCUUUACAGGCCCAUAAGAUGGCCUGGCCUUUCCUUGAACCAGUGGAUCCUAAUGAUGCACCAGAUUAUUACGGUGUUAUUAAGGAACCUAUGGACCUUGCCACCAUGGAAGAAAGAGUUCAAAGACGAUAUUAUGAAAAGCUGACAGAAUUUGUGGCAGAUAUGACCAAAAUUUUUGAUAACUGUCGUUACUACAAUCCGAGUGACUCGCCUUUUUACCAGUGUGCAGAAGUUCUUGAGUCCUUCUUUGUACAGAAAUUGAAAGGGUUCAAGGCUAGCAGAUUCUGAUAUCUUUAGUCUGAAUUCUUAACUGGAAUCAGAACUGGAUGUUGGGGUCACUCUUUCUUUUAUUGUACCACGUGAUUACCUAAUUCAGAAUUGCCCCCAAAAGUUCAUUAGUUAAUAUAAUUUUUUAAUGUUGAAAAUAUAUGUAUAGUAGUAAACAGUUUAUUCUAGCAGCCAUGUUGAACAAUGUAUUUAAGAAUUGUAAACUCCUGGAAUACUGUAUUUAUAUACACUAUUGCAAUAGACCAUACUUUGACUUAGUCCUGGUAACUGUACAGUAAUUUGGUUUUACUAACGAAAGUUGUGAAUAAAACUGUGAAACUAGAAAGGAGACUUUCUGGACUUUAACAGAAAAAUGUGAUUUUUUAAUACUGCUAUUUCUUUUUUAAUACAAUUUUUUCUUCAUAUUCCCCCAAAUCAAUGUAAAUAAGCACGCACACACACAUGUCUUUACCACAAUGGUAAUGCUUCUGUAAAUGUUUCUAUCUGUCCCUCUGGCUAAAAAUGUAUAAUCUUUAUUAGAUGAAUAUAUAUAUAUAUAUAUAUAUACAUAUACAUAUAUAUAUAUUUUAAUAAUGGCCUUUUCCAGUGAACUAUCAUGUUUCAGUGUACAGUGAAAAUUUCUAUUUUAGGUUAAAAAUUUCUUACUCGUUCUCAUAUAUUUGCUUGCCAAGGGCGAAUGAAAGAACAUGGCUGCUUCCCCCAGACAGACCGACCUUGGCAUCCACGUAAAGCAUCAUUGUUUUAAAAAAUGAAGGGUGCUUAAUUGUUCCCUUUUUUCUGUAUUCUGUAGGUCUCAUAACAACAAACUGCAGUCUACAGCUUCUUAAAGUUCAGCGUGUUAACCUAACAUAAAACACAGCAAGAAUCUGGUUGUCUGAACUAUUUUAAAUUAAGGAGCCAGAUGUUUUUAGUCAGGUUAUCCUGACAAGACUUGACCUAAACUUCGUUUUUAUUGGUCAUAACAGUCCAAUUAUAUUCUUGGCCAAUUUUGUCCAACGGACAAGGGAAAAGCAAAGUCAACGUCACCAUUAUCUUGUCAAGAUCAAAUGGUUUUACUCUUGUGGCAGAAGCGGGAAAACUGUUUAUUGAAAAAAAAAAAAAGAAAAAAGAAAGCAAGAAAAAAAAGAUAAUAUGGGGUCAAGUGUAACUCCAUGGAAAUGCCACGUCUGCUCUUCAGUGAAGAAGCUGGUUUAGAGUCUCACAGAAAACUUUUGACUGUAUUUAUUUAUUGUUGCAAAAAAGACGCUUUUUUAUUGCUGCCCUCAUUUGUCAGCUAAUUAUUUUUUCUUAUAAAAUCCAGCCCCGGUUACAUGUAAUCCAUUCUGUAUCUUAUCAUGAUUCCUGUAGGUAAAAGUACAAGACGACCUCUAGAUGUCUUUUCUUUCUAUGAAAGGAGCUGCUAUGUACACAUGUGCACACACACAUACACACACAUACACACAACUGGGAAUCAACAAUGAGUUUAUUGUUCAUGGUAGAUAAAAAUUAAGCUUGCAUAAAGGUUGGGCUAAGUAGUCCUGGACUACAGACUCUGUUGCCUUGAAUAUAACAGUACAGUUUGUCAUUUACUCUGCACCAGGCUAAACUGAGUAAAAUCUAUUUGAAGGUAUCUUGUUUGUAAACAUUUGUCAGAUUCUAAUUUUUUUCUUUUUGUAUUAAAAUUCAACUAUGGAUGUAUAUGAAACAAAAUAAAUGGAGAUCAUUUUUCUCCCACA